AUUUAUAAAUAGAUAAACGAGUAGGUCGCAUGAUUUUCAGAAAAUCUAAAUCAUAAGAAUACCUUAAAAUAUCAUAAGUGCAUAUAAAAUAAAGGGAGCAAAAUGACAAUUUUCAGAUAGAUAUUCAUUGGAAGGUUAGGAAAGGAAGGAGAACAGGUGAAAUGGAAGUUGAGGAACGAUUGUUGUUCUUCAGUCAGGAGAUUACAAGAUGCAUCAAAGAACCAUCCGUCAUUUCUCAUCUCGAGGCAGAUUCAAUUAUACCUUCUGACGACUGUUCAAAGAUGAAGCAGAUAUUUAUAGCUGCCGAUCCUUUUAAAGCUAAUGAAAUGAUGAUCGACUGUCUUCGGAAAUCAUCUGCAAUGGGAAAAUGGAAAUCAUUACUGACCGCUUUAGAAAAUGCAGAAUAUGUCUACAUCAAGUCCUUACUGGAAACAGACGGCAAACCAAGUGUGAAAGAUGAACGCGAAAGGGCAAUUAUUCGAGUAUUCAUAUCCUACUUAGAGAAGACUAUUGAUGCAAUGGAUAUCGUUGCUGAGCUUUUUUCAAGAAAAGUUAUAAAUGACACGGAUGUCGAAUUAAUUCGUGCUCAAUAUCAGAAUAAAGGGAACACAUAUGCAACAAUUGUGCUUUUAGACAGAAUGCAAUGCAGACUGGCUCCAGGCGAAUGGUAUUAUCAAUUUCUCGAUGUAUUGGUUCAAAAGAACCUCAAACACAUUGUCAAAGAAAUCGAGCCAGACUUUUUGCAAUCCCCCGAACGAUUCCGAUUUUGUCAUGAAUCAGAAGUGAAUGAUAAAAAAGAUAUGCCUGUUGAGACCUCUGAAACGAAAGUACCUGUAUCAAUAAAGUACGAUGACAUUCAAGAACACGUUCUUACAGAGUAUUCUAGCGUAGCUACUGACAUGGCCAGUCAUUGCAUGGUUUCAGAAACAGACAAAAAUGACUAUGAAUCAUCUUCCAGUUUUUCUGAAUAUGAAGAUGCUCUGGAAGAAAUCGACGAACAGGUUAAUACACCUUAUGCUCUUAAAGUAGAUGAUAUUGGGCCACAUGCGAAGGAAGCAAACGACUCAUGCUUAUCUCUGGACAGGCUUGCCUUGAACACUUGCAGUGAACAUACCGAUGGUACCAUAGCCUUUCAAGGUGAUGCAACAGAAGUGAAUGCGAGUACACAACUUGGAGAAAGAGCACCACCAGAAGGAAGGAACUUUGAGUCUGAUGUAACAGCUGAGAAUACAACACAAAAUGAUACAGAUGCUCAAAAUGAUGAAAUUCCUGUAAAAGAAGAGCUGACAAGCGAGACAGAAGAAUCUGACGAUUUCAGUGACGCAGAUGAAACAACGGAGUCAAAAUCUCUCGAAGAGACAUUGUAUCCUUUCCAACACGAACUUGCAGAGAAGGCAUUAGCAGGCGAAAACACUAUCAUAGUUGCUCCGACUGGAAGUGGAAAAACAUAGGUGGCAACACACAUUAUUGACAGACAUUUAAAUAUGCCAACUGAAGGAGGAAAGAAAAGAAAAGUUGUAUUCAUGGCUCGCAAUGGAAUACUUGUAGAGCAGCAAAAGAACUUCAUUUCCCAGCGAUUGCCUUAUGCGAA